CCCGGCCGCCUUUGUCUCCCCCAGCGGCGAUGCUACACACCGCACCGGGUACUCGUUUCAUGCCGAGUCGACCCAGGGGAGGCCCGGGGGUUCCCCGCUUAGAUAAUCGUCAGCGGUGUUCGUUGGCGGUGAGCGGAGAUCGAACUCUGUGAUCGCAGCGCUGCGCUAACCGCUGCGCCACCGCUCCCACGGAGCCUGAGAAACCUCCACGUGGUGGGUGGUGGGGGGAGCGCGGAAGCGACAACUUUGUUAACAUGUAAAACUUAUUGGCCGGGGUUUUUUUGUAAACGCACAGCAAAUAUUAACGUCGAUUUUUCUGUAAAUUAAAACGUUUAUAAGUGAACAAAAAAUCAACACUUUAAUGUCGUUCCGGGGGUUGUUUUGAGAGACGCGGGGCCUGAGGCCCUCCGCGCCGCUCGUCACAGCGCCGCCACCGACUUCUCCUCCUCCUGCUCGUCCUGCUCGCCCUCGUCGUCUGGUGAGGGUGAGGACGUGGUGGAGGUGGUGGACAUGCAGCUGCCGUCUGAAAGGGUGGUUGAUCUCUUGCUGCAAGCCAUGGAGGACUGCCUCCGGGAGCAAACGCAGCUGGAGCAAGAGAUUGAUGCCUACAGGCAGAUCCUGCAGCCACGGGAAAAUGUGACUGAGGAAUGUGAACCUACACGCAUCUCUGCGGGGGGAGACGCGGAAGAAGCAGCCAAACCUCGUGCUCAAGAGAUGGAGGAUUUGGAGCUGCUCAACAAAGCUUUGGCAAAGGCCCUGAAGGUCCGAGAGUCUGGCAGAAACUUCCUCAAGGAGCUGGACAGCGCUGGCAGCGUCGGCACAAACGACCAAGCCCCACAAGUCGACGGCUUUUCCGUGCAGGACAAACGGGGCCCUGCACCACCCAGGAAACAUCAAGCUGUGAAAGAGAAAAGCCAAACGAGAGGCCCUCCAACAACGGCCGCCGCUGGCACGUCGAGGGCGACCUCCGCCACAAAGGCUGCGCCCAGAGCCUCGUCUCUCUCCCGCAGGCGGGUGGACUCCUGCGGUGCUGAGCGGCCUCCGUCUAUGCAAGCUGCCCGAGCCAGGACUUCCAGUGCUUCGCGAGCAUCUGCGGUGGACAGGAGGGUUCCAAAGGCAGCUGCAGUCGACAAGCAGGGCAAGCGAUCCAGCGUACCGGGCGGUCGGAAAUCUGCAGCGGCAGCAGUGACAGCAGCAGCAGCGGCAGCAGCGGCAUCACGUGUCUCAAACGCGAAGGGCCUGCGUGUUUCUACAGCUCACACCGCGGAGAUGGGUGCGGCCUUCCCGGAGGAUGAGCCCACCGGGGCCGCAUCGGCGGCCGUGCUGGACGGCCGACCGGCGUGCUCGCGGGAGGCGGAUGAGUUCACCGCACGACACAAAGGCUCAAACCUGGAAUUUCCUGAAACGUUCAAGAGACAGCAGGCCAAAAAUCACCGCCUCUGGCAGAAGGUGGGCCUACUGCAGGACAGCUGCACGCCAGAGGAGGAGGCGUACGCCCUGAAGUUGCGGUCGACUUUUCUCGACGGUGGGGUGGCCACGUUGAGCCGCCACGAUGUGGCACAGCGGCUUGAGGAAGUCGACCUUGUCACGAGCAGCAUGGACCACCUGCUGUGGAAGGAGAUGGAAGGCCGUGCCGUGGACGAGUCCCUUGGCUGGGAAGCGCUGUGCAAGAGGACGAAGCUCCUGGAAGAGUGCCAGCUGCUCAUCUCCAGGCUCCAGGAGGAGCUGGCCCAGCUGCAGCAAGUGGCCGAGCGGUGGUCUGCGAUGGGCCACCGUUUGCAGGUGCCCAGUGCCGGCUUGCCCCAGGGAAGGACGGGGGCCCGCUUUGCCGAGCAGCUGAUGAGGCCCGUGGUGACGUACAGCUCCGCGGAGGAGCUGAAGGAAAUGGCGAGCGUGCAACACGACAUGGCGUGGCUGCAGUUGCUUCAGCGUGUGCAGCAGGCGAUCGCCGAUGAGUUCCUUCCCUUCCUCAGCACGCUGGACCCCGCCCGGCCUCCCUUCCCCGCCGUGUACCGGGCCGUGUACUCCAUCCUAUGCGAGGGCGCCGAGGCGUUCCCCUCCCUGGUGCGCGAUGCCUCUUUGUGAAGGCUGUUUACACGGGCGUGUGCGUGCGUGUGCGUGCGUGCGUGUGUGUCUGUGUGCGCGUGCCUGUGUGCGUGUGUGAGCGUCUCUGCGUGCGUGGGUGUACGUCCGUGUGUGCACGCGUGGGGGUGGGGGAACCGGUGGCGCAGUGGUUGGGGUACUGCGCUACAAAAUCCAGCGAUCUGCAAUCGAUUCCUGGUGUCGAGUAUCUGAACCGGUCGUGGGCCUCCCAUAGGUCAGCUCGGCUUCAAGAUGAAUCCCUUGCUGCACCAUGAUGCUUGGCCACACCACCGCCCCCCCACUCGCGCGCCGUACUAACCGUCGUAGAUGUUCGCAAAGGGCACUACCCCGCAACAGCCUGUGUGGGCUACGCGGGGGAUCUUUGUCUUUGUGCGUGCGUGCGCGCGGACCUUUCUCAUCUCCCAUCGUCACCGCAGCAGCAGCAGCAGCGGCAGCGUCUGUGUCCAAUUACGUAAUUGCGUCCAAAUGUGAGGCCAUUACGCUUGUCAGUGUCCCUUUAUAUUUUUUGUAGAGUGUAAUUAUGAUCAUUACCGCUGUCACGCGUUCCUUCGCCAGUCGCAUCUGGGCUGGCGGGCCGCUAAUAGUCGCGCCGUUUACGUUUGAGAGCGCGCGCCUUCGUCACCGCUAAUGCGCCCUUGUCGGUGUUCUUACAUCACAAAUGUGCAUCGGUCGCGUGAAAGUUUGAGAACACAUUUGUCUACAAUUACCAUGUAUAACACGAUACCUCAUGCACCGAUGCAGUAAACGUUUAUUGGAAAAAUGUGAAAGUAAAAACAUCUUUCGAAA